AUGUCCCAACCAACGCAGCUUCUGGUGCUGGACACAUUCUUCAAUGGAAGUAUACGUUGCACAACCGGAAACGCGCUUUCUAACCACCUCGUUACGGAUACGCCGACACCAACCCACACGAGCUAUGGUUCUGAGGGAACGAUUGUCGAACACCUGGAGACGUUUCAGUUCCGCUGCCUGAACAGGUCAAGUCUCACAGUCAUUCAUACAACACAACAGCCUUCACUUGAUACACACGUCACUUCAGAUUACGGGAUAAACCACUCUGACACCAUAGAUUAUUAUUACAAUGAUGAUGAUGAUGAUGAUGAUGAUGAUCGGGGUGGUGGUGAUGAUGGUGAUAAAUCCAGUCUCAGCACUGAGGCUCCCGUAUAG